AUGAAUCAACCACCUCCAUUACCAAGCGAAAUUGAGUUGGAGUCCAUGAUCGAUUCUAUUUUGAAAGAUGAUGAUUUCAACUCGGAUGGUUUCAUAGACUACGCUGAGUUUUUGAGAGCACAGAAGAUGCGGGAGGAUCAGGCAAGAGCUCAAAUGCAGCAACAACAACAACAACAGCAGGCUGCUCAACAACAACAACAGCGCCACUAA